AGAAGAUGAAGACGGUCAGUAUUGUAGAGAGAGAGAGACAGAGAAAGAGGGUUUUAGGUCUACCCACUGGUUGUUAGAGUACUGAACACCCUUAACCAGCAAAGCACCAAUAACAACCACCGUAACAACGUCAACUACGACAACAAGAGAAAGAAAAAGAGAGAAAUUUUUCAUGGUGAAGAGGGUUUACUACACGUGAGAGAGAUAGGUAUAUGAGUAGUUGAUAGCAAAUAUAUAAACAAAAUAAAGAUACUGAGAAGAAGAUUGUUGUUCAUGGUCCUUGUCGUUCCAUUCAAAUUAAAAAUUUGUGUCAAAGGUGUAACUUUUUUAUGAUCUUGGGAUCAGUUUGUCUGUGUCUUAGAAGGUCUAAUUUCAGUGAAUUGGGAGUGCUUUUAAGCUUUAUUGCUCCCCAUAAUCUAAGAAGCACUAUUGGAUUUUCAGUUCAUGAAGCAACGAUAUUCUGUAUGAAGAAUCCUGGUAAGUAAUGUUUCUUUCUCCCGUUCUGAAUCCUUGUUGAGGAAUUUCGAUUUCCGAUACUGAAGAGAAAAAAUUAUGGCUACUUAUUUCCACGGUUCAAGCAACAAAAAAGAGGAUAUGUCAGACAAUUGUGCAAGAGAUUCGGUCUAUGCUGAAUCGCCAUAUCUUCCUCCUGGUAACAUAAUGAUGUACCUGAACCACUCAACUGCAAAGACUUUCACAAAUACCUUGUCUGGAAAUUCGCAGCCGCAAGAGAACUUUGUUGAUAUUCCAUCUGUUGGAGCAUCAGAUUCAAACCAGUCACAUCAACAGAUCUCAUCCAGCAACUUUGGUUCUCAUACGGAGGAUCGAGAUUACAGUGUGUGGAGAGAUGGAAGAAAUGAAAUGUUGCCGUCCACGGGUCCCAGUCAAAGAUAUUAUGGUCCCUCUCAAUAUAAAAUUACAGCUCUGCCGGAUACGAUUCCCAACUCCAAAUACCUUAAGGUGGCACAAGAACUGCUUGAUGAAGUCGUUGCCCUCAAGGCUUCUAAGCAGCAUGAGUCUCACAGGUUUGGUUUUAAGGUCUCCAAGGUGAAUGAUGGAGAAUUAAAGAAUAGUAGUGCAUUGCCGUCCCCAGUAGGAUCAUCAAACCCUCAGGAUACAAGUACAAAUUCAGUGAGUGAGCAACAAGAUUUGCGGAACCGAAUGUCUAAUCUUUUAUCCAUGUUGGAUGAGAUUGAUAGAAGAUAUAAGCAGUAUUCCCAGCACAUGCAGAUCGUGGUUUCUUCCUUUGAUCUUAUAGCAGGAUGUGGGGCUUCUAAUCGAUACACGGCCCUUGCUCUCCGGGUAAUUUCCAACCAGUUUCACUGCUUACGUGAUGCUGUAAAUCGCCAGAUAAAAGCAGUUCGAAGAAGCCUCGAGGAGCAGGAUACUGGAGAUAAUGGUUCAUCUGUUGGAAUAUCUCGCCUUCGCUUUGUUGACCAGCGGCUUAGACAACAGAGGACUCUUCAGCAAUUUGGAAUGCUGCAACAAAAUGCUUGGAGGCCUCAACGGGGGCUACCUGAGAGCUCUGUUUCGGUCCUUCGUGCUUGGCUAUUCGAGCACUUCCUUCAUCCCUACCCCAAGGAUUCUGACAAAUUUAUGCUAGCAAAACAAGCAGGAUUGACCAGAAGUCAGGUUUCUAACUGGUUUAUAAACGCCCGUGUUCGCCUUUGGAAACCCAUGGUUGAGGAGAUGUACAAAGAAGAAAUUUAUGACCCUGACGUGGAGGCUAAUUCUUCAUUAGACAAUGCAAUCAAAGCUGCAACCAACGAGCUCAGGGUUUCUGAAGGUCGCAGUGAGGUGUUAUUGCAGAACACAGAGUCCGCAGCCACCGAGGGAAGUCAACUGCGUAACCAAUUUGAGGAAUCGUCAAAUCUCGCUGCACAUGGAAACAUAUCUGAACUUACAGCAGGAACCAAUGCGGACGAGUGUAAUCUUCUCAAAGAUAUGAUCAUUCAAUCUGGAGGGAGCACGGGCGGGAGGUUUAUGACUGCUGCAACUAGGUACCAAGUUGCCGAGCUAGGUAGACUUAGAAGUGGAGGUGGGAUAUCGCUUACUUUAGGAUUACAACAUUGUGACAACAGUGGCAUGCUUGCCAUUUCUGGUAGGACCCAUCACAAUUUUAUCAACACGAGAAGAGAUGAUUUGUGCACUCCAGAUGUCUCAUCUCUGGGGCCUAACACGUCGAAUUACGAUUGCUCGGAUGCAGGGUAUCAGCACAACAGGUUUGGCUCCUCCCACAUGUUGCAUGAUUUUGUUCCUUGAAGAUGAUUACUGCAGCAGAAUAAUCAUGAAUAUAUCCUCGGAAUGGGCAUUGUUUAUCCUACAUUCAUAUUGUUGUUAGCACGAUACAAACCGACAAAUUAGUAUGAAGCUGCAGUAGAUACCAAUAGAAACACUAGUCUGUAAUAUAACAGGAAAGUCCGCAUAUAUGUACAUAUUCCGCACUAUAUUUGAAUGAAAAACAGGCAUGGAAAACAAACCGCAUUAAAAGUUAGCGGCCCCUGAGUGAACUAAUAGAUUCAAUCACUUGAGGAUUAAUUUGGCUUGAUAAAAUUUCGCCUCAAUUCCCUAUGCAGUGGUUUUCAAUGGAUUGCAUCAGUUGAGAAUCAAAUUUUGUGUUGCAAUUC